UAAUACCAUUCACUCAAUAAUUCUUCUUUCAUGUUAGUGCUCUUUUUCGUAUUAAGCAGUAACAGGUAACAGCCAUGGGGAAUUGCUUAGUUCCGCAAGACAAGGUGGUCAGGGUUAUGAAAAAUGAUGGAAAAAUCCUGGAAUAUCAAGAACCCAUCAAAGUUCACCAAGUGUUGUCAGAAUUCUCAGGCCAUGCACUGUCUGAUUCUUUUCCAGGUUGCCAUCAUCUCCAGCCGGAUACAAAACUACUUUCCGGACAUUUAUACUAUCUUAUACCUCUACCUUUGGCAUCCCAAAAGGUAAAAAAGAAGGUGAGGUUUUCAAAUCCAGAGGCUGAUGGUGAACAGGGAACUGGUGUCGUGAGGAUUAAGCUGGUGAUCAGUAAGCAAGAACUGCGGGAGAUGCUUCAAAAGGAAGGAGUUUCAGUUCCUGAGAUGAUCUCUAAGGCUCAGAGCAGAAAAAGUGAAAGCAAGAUUGAUACGUCAGAAGGUGAUGAUAACUGCAGAGGGUGGAAGCCUGUAUUAGAAAGCAUAUCUGAAGUAAACUAGCAAAGCAUGUGUACCAUAAUAUGAAUAAUAUUCCCUAGUUUAGCAUAGAAAAUUGACAUUUAUCACUGAUAGCUACUGCAAUGAUAACUUUUCAGCUUGUUCAUAAUAUGAGUAAUAUUCCUUAGUUUAGCAUAGAAACUUGACAUGUAUCAACGAUAGAUACUGCAAAUAUAAUUUUUCAGCUUGU